AUGGACGAUCUAGCCGGCCUUGACUGGUCGCAGCCCGCCAAAAAGACAACGACCAACACCCCCGCGGCCUUUCCACCCUUCCGCCAGAGCCCCACGCCUCAACUGUCCGGUCGAUCCACGCCCCUCUCCACGCUCUCUACGCAACCGUCUGGCACUGGAGCUGGCUCCGGUGGUACUCAGCAGUUCAAGCCGCCCUCGAAAGCAGCGACCCCCGCAAACGAUAGCUUCGCUAGUCUCGUGUCUUCCAACAAGUCCAAAGCCCCGACAAGCAACCUCUCGCUACAAGAGCGGCAGAAACAGAUACAAGAGGAGAAGGCGCGACAGGAAGCGGAGAAGAGGAAGCAAUGGGAUACCACCUUCGGGGGUGCUGAUUCAAGCCAUUGGGACACGUUAGGAAGUGGGAAGAGCACACCAGAGCCGGCCGCAUUUGGCGCCCCGCGUCCGUCGAACAAUCCCUUCACCAACCAUGGCCUGUCCAAGACUAUCAACAAGCCUUUCGCAGGUCUGGACACCACGUCGAGGCGGCCUGAGGUAUCUUCUCCCAGCGAGGCUGACCUCCUUGCAGCAUUCAACUCGGCAGCUCCCGUAGACAGCUCAAGUCACUUUCCCAAACCAAACCAAGGCAGUGGCAGAAGCACGCCUGCUUACAGCGCAAAUGUCUCUCGGGGCAACACACCCCUACCACAGCCUACUUCUGGUAACAAUGCACUUUUGGACGACGAUGAUGACAUGUUCGGUCUCAAGCAGAUGGCGCAAAAGUCGACUUCGCCUGCGCCGCCGCCAACCAAUGACGCUGAUGAUGAUAUACUAGGCUUGCUAGGAAAGCCUGUCUCCGAGUUUCAGCACAAAGAAGCGCUACAGCCAGCGGCCGCAGAGGAGUCUUCACAAGCACGCCAACGGGCUUCGUCUGGGCCCGAAAACGCACAUGACAAAGCUGUUGCUGAGCUAGUAGAUAUGGGAUUCCCAGCCGAAAGGUCAGCGAUUGCACUAGCGACUACUGAGUCUGGACUGGACGUACAAGCUGCUGUGGGAUGGCUGCUCAAUCAGGCACAUGCAGAGGCGAAACAGAAAACACAUUCACAGAGUCAAGAUAGGUCACGCCGUGAGCCAGAUGAGUUCGAAGAGCGUCCAAGGCGGGGAAACAGUAGGCCCAAUGGACGUGAAUCUUCAAGAGAACCGCGGGCGAGUAGCUCUAGGCCCGCGUGGAUGCAAGACGAUGAAGCACGGAGUCGAUCUGGUCAACGUAGGCAAGAAGGUCAAGAGAAAGACGUAACUCAAAUGGCUUCCGAGAUCGGCAACAAUCUUUUUAAAUCAGCGAAUUCACUAUGGAAGACGGGCCGCAAACAAGUACAGAAAGCCAUGGCCGACUUUCAGCAAGAGGGCGAUCCUAACAUGCCAAAGUGGAUGAGAGAUGCCCAGGCUGCAGAAGCUGCUCCUCGCUCAGGUCGACAACAGAAGGCUGAUCAAUCGGCUACAGACGAGGCCAUGAUGCUGGAGGCUGGUGGACGACCCACUAAGUCUUCUCGGACGAGCGAGAUGCGUCAGCAAGCCGAGCCGCUACCUGUACGCCAAAGAAGAGAGCAGGAAACUGGGCGAAACGAUCGCCCAGAUCGCAUGUCGUCUCAGUCUCCAUCACAGCGGCAGCCACCAUCAAGCUUAGAUAAACGACCAGCGAUGCGACUGACCCGCCAGGAGGUUGAAGAACAGAGCUCUCAAGCGUACGUUAGCCCUGCUCGCCGGAAGAAGACCACUCCACAACCGCAACCAGAAGUAGAUCUCUUCUCUCCAGAACCUACGCCCCCAAAGCAGGCUUCACGCCAACCGACACCAGCAAAGUCUAACAACCCAUUUCUCCAAGCAACUUCAGCACCAAAGGCUCGAAAUCCAGCGCCUACACCAAUUGCAUCCAGACCGAAAGCACCACCACGACAGAUCCCUCCUGUCUCGUCUUCGGCUCUCAGUUCGUCGUCAGCUGACCGGCAAAGAGGUUCAGAGGCAUUCAAGCGUGGAGACUACUCCGCUGCACACGCUGCCUAUUCUUCUGCACUGAGUCCUCUUCCGAAAACACACCCUGUCACGAUCGUCGUACUCUGCAAUCGCGCAGUCACCAACAUCAAAGUUGGCGACCCGAAAGCAGCAAUUGCUGAUGCCGAUGCAGCCUUGGCUAUUAUCGGUAUAUCGAGAGGAGAAGGCGAGAAGAUCGCUACAGGUGGAAUGGAGGGCGAAAAAGACAUGAAGGAAUUCUACGGUAAAGCCCUCAUGCGAAAAGCAGAAGCACUGGAGAAUAUGGAGAAGUGGGCAGAUGCACAUGGUGUAUGGAAAGAGGCUGUUCAAAAUGGUGUAGGCGGCGCCAUCGCCAUCUCUGGUCGAAACCGCUGUGAGAAAGCCGCAAAUGGCGGCAACAACAAUGCGCCAGCAGCCACCAAACGCCCACCUCCAGCCCGUAAGCCCGCUGCUCCUAGGCCCUCCGCCAUGUCAGACCUAGGUGGUGGUCCAGCCAUCGACUCCGAAGCCGUCAAGCGCAUGAAAGCCGCCAACGCUGCUGCUGAACGUGCAGACGACGAGAAGUUCGCCCUGACCGAUCAAGUCGAUGCCAAGCUCAUCGCUUGGAAGGGCACCAAGUCAGACAACCUACGUGCUUUACUGGGUAGUUUGGAUAAAGUGCUUUGGGAGGAUGCUGGAUGGAAGAAGGUCAACAUGGGCGAUCUGGUCAUGCCGAAUAAGGUCAAGAUUAUCUAUAUGAAGGCUAUUGCCAAGGUCCAUCCUGAUAAGAUAUCUCAAACAGCAACUACUGAGCAGAAGAUGAUUAGUGCAGCUGUCUUUGCCACAUUAAACGAGGCGUGGGAUAAAUUCAAGACAGAUAACAAUCUAUAG